AUGGUGACUCCCUCAACAUCCCAAUCUUGGAUUGGAAAAACUGUGAAAUUGACAUGUACUGCAGAUGGUGCCCCGACGCCAGCCUUGUCAUGGAAAAACGCGCGUGGGAAAGUUAUAAAGAAAGUAAGAGAAUUGAAAAACACAGUAGAUGUGCUGAUGAAAAGUGAUCAGGACUUUGGUAAAUACACAUGCGAGGCCACUAAUGUUGUCAAUACUGAUACAAGUACAGUUCAGGUGCAGCAGAUAAGUAAGUGGAAUUAUCUAAUGUUCUUUGGUUGUAUAUAAAUAUCUGUGAUAUAAGUACAAGCUGGAAAAAAUCAUUCUGUCAUUUUGCGUUCGGCAAUGGUUGCAUAUAUUAUUUUUAAAUUUAAGAAAACAUCAAGGGACAUGGGUCCUGUCCAGCUUAACAUUUACGUGGGACAAAAACACCCUUGUAAUUACGUCAUCUGAAAGGCUUAAUUCCCGUCUUUCCAGAACCUACUUCGUCGUUCACGUUCUAGUGAGAUGCUUUUGUACAAUGUGACUGUUUAUUGGUUGCAAAGUCCCCAUACCUCUAAGUGCAUACAGUUUAAAAUGAAUGAAAUCUAUGCACAAAUGGCAGAAUGACAGGGAUAUGUUUUGCAGGUGUAUUUAUAUCGUAGAUGUUUAUGACCAAACACAAAAGAAGAUCGAAAAGGGCCCAUUUAUAAUCCAGAUACCUGGAUGGAGGGUACAUAUAUGCGGCCUUCUUAUAAUUCCGACUAAGCAAAGGAGGUUAUCACAUUAAAUAUUGUGCCAUUUCUGAUUGGCUCAAAUCCCCCGGCUAAUUCUUUAUAACCAGUUGGCCCUUUUAAUUGGAAGAUGCGAGCUAUAUACCAUCACUUCGAUUGUAUAAAUUAUCAUAUACCUUUGAUUAACCUCGUUUCCAGGCACGGCAGUCCAGCUCAGUGUUUAUUCCUGAGUGAACUAAAGAAGAAAAUGGCGUUCACGGUUAUUCCAAAGACGAAAUAGCUGAAUUUCUAAGUAACUAAACGGAAGAAAUGAAAGAACACGCAAAAUAUAUCGCUCGAAGGGUGUUAUGUACUUUUUGAGGAAUAUCUACAAGGAAAAACAUCUGUCUACGAAAGGGUAAAUUUGUGAAGAACUUAAAAAUAUUUUAAAUGAAUAACAAAACGAUGAUUGAGUUUGGCUUUCUUAUGAGUUGAAGUAUUAUGUGGAUCUCGGAGGAUGUUAGUGACCCGAGGCUGAAAGCCGAGGUCAGGUGGAUGAUGCAUCCUCCUCGAUCUGCAUAAUUCUUCACAUCCUACUCAGCCUCAUUCAAUAAUUGCUGUUUGGCCUGUAGAUUUCACUGAGAAACACAAAUGAAAACAGAAGAUGGGGCUUAAUUAAAAUCUAAUUGGUUUAUUUUGGUAAUGCCCAUUGCCACAUGUCUUUUGUGUCCUUAUUUAAAGGGGUAAACCAAAGGCUGAUAAAUUUAGUCUAUUUCUGUUUUUUAUGUAAAAUAUUUUCCGAGUGAGGCCUUUAACUGUUGCAAUUAAACGUAAGAGUUAUAGCACGAGCUUUCGCCAAUCAACUACGUCAUCAUCUUUUGUUUAUAAUCAAUGACAGGGUAACGCGCCUCUUAAUCUUGGUAAAAAUCGUCGAAGACAAUAUAGUUGGUUCGUAGAGCUCUCCAUCUUUGCGUCUUACCGAUUUAUUCUACUUGUCCAUCCUGCUCCUGUUGACUAUGUUAUUUGUGGUUCUCUCUUUUUCUUUGUAUUUUAGAUUUGUAGCCUUUCUAUAUAUUCAUCAGUUAACAAGACAAAAUGUAGCUGGGAGCUAUAGUACGAAUUUCUUUAGCGUUUAAUUUUAAAAUGUGAGUCCCAGGCCGAAAAGUUACCUAAACGGGUCCCUGAUUCGCACAAGCAUACAAACUACCGACUUGCUAUCCCCCCUCUAUCAUGCAUGCAUUUGUGCGGACCUAUUUUGUUUUCCCUCAGAGACACCAGGCUCACCGACCUUCACAGUGGACAUUGAAGCAACGUCAAUAACAGUUAAUUGGACAAAGCCAGCUGAUGAUGGAGGAAGUCCUAUUACAGCAUACAGAGUUUUAAUACUGCUUGGCAACACGGAGAUACAAAAUACGAAUAUUACCGAUUUAACGGCCAUGCAGCUAGAUAUUGGAGGUCUAACCAAAAGCACAAACUACAUUAUCAAGUUGUUUGCCAGAAAUUACGUGUUUGAGGGAAAUGCAGCUGAAAGGAAAAUUCAGACCAAGUAUGAAGGUAUGAAAAUCUGCACUAAGAAUGCACUAAGAGUGCAUAAGAAUUGUAGUCAGUCAGUUGAUUUAUUUAAAUAUUCAUUUAUUUUUUAAUACAAGUGACCAGCACAAAGCAUACGAUAAAUCCGUCUGCCCGUAAACUAAUUAUUGCACUUUAUGUGAAGCUAGGAAUGGUAUCAUCGACCUUCAAGUUUAUUGCUGUUCACACCCUAGUAGUAGUUUAUGUAAAGUGAGUUUCUUUAAAUCUGGAAUUAAACAAAAACCUGUCAUAAAAACCUAUUGUUAACAAGAUACGUAGCUUCUCAUUACAGAACAACGAAACUUAACAAAAAAAACCACGGAACAACAAAAUCAUAACGUAGCUGGUGGAAAUUAAUGCAGGAACAUUGCAGUAAUGUUCUUAAACAUGAUACCCCCGGUAUCAUAUCGUGUGGUUUAUGCUUCGGAGCUAAUCAAUCAGCAUACAAAGAUAACCGACUUACAGAAUCGUUCGUCGCGACGAUGAUUUGUCGAUGGUCCUCGAUGGCAGACGAAAUGCUUGGCUACCUCGUGGUCUGCGUUGAUAGCUUGUGAGACAAGUUGCGCUUUUUCAAGUUCGAAAAACUGUUGCCGUGUAACCGAAUGAAGACGCAGUGAAAUGCAUCAUUUCUCAAGAAACGUAGCUUCACUUCUCAUCUUCAAAAUAAGUCUAGAACCACAAUAUUUGUAUAAUGGAUUUCUCCACUCCAAACCAACUUCUGUGAAAACACUUUCGGUCACGUGCUAGGCAACGAAGUAGUUCACAGGAUCAGGUUUCACCAUAUUUUGAGUUUUUGUUCUUCAUACCAUUUAUUGACUUCCGAACGCGAUCAAGGUAAUUUCUGCUGUUCCUGUCAAUCAUUUGUGAGGUCUUGUGAGUCUGUCACGAAAGCUAAAAAGUCGUAGGGAAAUCUUCAACCGAACCAGAGAAAACUGAAAAGUUCGUCGGUUUUCGGCGUCUUUGCUUCGCCGUGCUUGCUAUUUUUUCAAGAUGAACUCCAGGCAAAAUAUCGCUCAAAGCUUUCUCUCUACAAACAAUAGGAUAACUGAACUAUUUUUAUUUUUCAGAACGUUUUAUUCUUCUAGUCGCGGUCAGAAAAUGUCUUAAGACUUUUUACCUUCUUAAUUAGGUCAGAUAAAUUGUCUCAAAUCUUACAAAUGUGCGUAAAAUGACGUCAUAAACAUGAAACCAGACGAAAACACAUCAAAUGCAAUAUAAUUACUCACGCUUACCGGUCGAAAUGCAGCACGGAAACCUAUCAAGUAAGACUGAGAAUCGCUUAAGACUUUUCGCAUAGUCCAGCAAGGCGGAGUAAGCUUACUAAGAGUAACGUAUUUUUGAAAACGAUGAUUUCCGAUUUCUUUUUGUCGUGCGGCGCAUUUCUCAACCACAAUCCAGUAAGCAAGCCAGCCAAGAGUAACAAACGAAUUUUGAUAGCGGCUGUAUUUCAUUUCGUAGAUCCAGUGCAAAAAGACAGGUAAAACAUCGGAGGAUGACACAAAACUCUGUCAGCGUUAGCUAUCAGUAAACAAGUCUCAGAUACUGCGUAAAUUAUCCACUUGAAUCCUCUUCGCUAGCUCGCCCGUUAAUUCUUGCAAUGUGCCUUUCUCUUCUUUUACUUUCCCGUCGCUCUGCACUUAAGAGCAAAUAGGUUGAAUAAAAUCCGCUAUUGUUUGCUGCAUAACAAUAUUUUCGAAACAGUUUACAAGAAACUGAGCACUGCGGUCACAAAUCCUUAUGCUUAAAAUACUUGAAAACAAGUCUCUAAAGUAAACAAUUUUUUUGAACGCGAUGACGUUGACCACGCCAUUUCUUGCGCGAUUUCCCGCCAAGAAACACGCGGGUUGCACAAAUGCAUCGCACGAUUUAUUCCGACCGUAGCGACUUUAUAAUCUCGUCACGCGCGCGCAGUCUGCUAACCGCGCGUGGUCUAAGCCAGCUGCAAAAUUCGAUGCCCCAUAAAUCUAUGAAUAUAUGCUUGGUGUCCGCCAAUGACGUCAUGUGGCGUUUCGUCAUGGACCAUUUGCGUUUCCAGGCAACAUAGACUUUGCCGCCGAUGACCAGGGUGCAUUUUCACGUAUUAUUUUUGAAAGGCUGUUGUGUUUAUUCAUCGUCUGUGAAACAAUGUUUACCAUCGGUGAAUCACGAACAAUUUCCUAUGCAAAUGACACACAAAGACAACAAAUGGCUUCAAAUCCUCGCCCAGGAAGAUUUUCCACCGAAACUCCUCUGGAGCAAGAACGCCGACUUCAAAUUCAGCGUGAACAACGAGGGAGAAGACGUCAACAAGAAACCGCGGAGGAGAGAGAACAUCGCUUAGCAUGCACAGCGAAGGCAACGCCGAAAACAAGAGACAGAGGAACAGGAGACUGGAAUAUCAGAGGCAUUAUGAUCGUUUUACGCUGUGGAAAACCCAAAUUUAUUAGUUUGCUGCUUUCCCCGCCGAUAAGUCUGCAAAGUUUCAGCUCUGUACUACGGCCCGAAGUAUAAUAAUUUUCAUGCGAACUGCACUGCCACAUUUGUGCUUUGUUUUUGUUUUUUGUUUUUUCUAAAUCCGGAGGCGGAAAUAAUGCUAAAUAUGCUUUUCAAUACACUUUUAACAAUACCACACGCAAAAAAAGAAGAAAAGAAAGAACAGCGUAUGGACCUUCACAACGAUAUUCGCGCUAAGUCACCCAUCCAGUUCUUAACCCUGACUGACAGGGCUUAACUUGAGUGCUGUUACCAAACCGAGUUUCGCGAGGGUUAUUGCGAGAUAUGUAUUUCUAAUAACACACUCCUCCCCCCGACAGGCUGACACCUGAUUCCCUUCCCUUCCCCUCAAAAAGUGUACGGGCGUACGCUACGUCAUAACCAAAUUUUCUCGGAUGGAUAGUUUACCCAAUUUUCGUACCCAUGGUACUCCGCUGCGCGCGCUCCGCUAAAAAGCACAUGUUGGAGUGACUAUGUGUCCAGCAUUGACCUUAAUUUGCUAUCAUUUUAUCUGGAGACAUUGCCAAUGCGUUGAACAACGUUGGAAAAUCAUUCUUCAUCAUUUGACAAAGUUGCACGCAUUCAUGGGACACGUUGCAAAUGCGUUACGAAUCAUUGAGAAACGUUGCAACGCAUUUUAAACCAUUCAAAUGUGUUGAAUGAUACAUACUCAUAAAUUUUUGAGGCUAUACGAAUAUUCACAUAAGGAUGUGGCAUAUGUAGCACCAUUCUACCAUGUUCAUUUUUUUCACUCUUCAGCAGGAGUCACAUGCGCUUCUUGAGCGCCAAUUUUUUUUUUUCGGAUAAUAUGGUCUUGUUUACAAUUUGUUACAAAGCAUGUCUUCAUUGAAAACGAGGUAAACUUUUAAGAAGGACAAUUGUUCACAGACUCGAAGCAACUGGAGUCCAACGUUGCUUAAGUAUCAAUGCAACUGAAAGUAAACUAGUUUUUGUUUGCUUUGUACUAUUCAUCUUUUAACCCAGGAGUCCCAGGAGCAGCGGAGAUCACAGAUUUACCGGCUGAAACAAAGAAUGUUAACAUCAUCUUAAAAUGGAAAGAAGCUGAAAAUAAUGGAGCACCUAUAACCCAGUACACUGUGUACCGAAAAACUGUCCGUGAAGAUGGCACAUCACUGAAUUGGAUCAAAAUAAAGGAAAUUACCGAUACUUCAGAUCGUAAAGUUGUGGUCAGUAACUUUGACAAAGGCAAAGAAUAUGAAUUGGUAGUUACUGCUACAAACAAGUUUGGAGAGGGAGGGAAAGAAGAGAGAAAAAUCAGAAAAAUAAAGGUAUUAGGAGGUAGGUGUAUUCUGACCCAGGUAUCUUAACUCUCUUUACACAGAUUUCGUUUUUAAUUUCCACUAUAAAAGUAGACAUAAUGUGCGGCAUUGGACUCCAUCUAAUGGUUGUAUAAUACGUAGCAUCCGUUUGUUGCUAAGUGUCUAUACUUCACCUUCGCCCAGUGUUACACCGUGUACACCCAAAACAAAAGGGAAGGCCUGUAUUAGUUAUUAUUGAAAACUGUAUCAUUGGAUGAUGCAAUUCUAGAGCUCUGAUUGGCUUAGCCAGCAUGGCACAUGAGCCAUUAUACCAUGCUCUCCAAAUAUAGUAACUGUACGCGUCUGCUCAAAAUUAGAAACAAUCUGAAAAUCGAUUUUUUAAACAAAUCAAGUCGGGAAGAGUUUUCGAUAUUUUUGUGGGCGUUUUUGAUAAAACAAUUAUUCCACACGCGCUUGUUGGAUAUGAGAUGAUAAUAGCCAACUCGUUAGCCAUCUACAUGUACCAUCUCAUAUCCAACGAGCACUCGAGGAAUAAUUGUUAAAUAAUACACGCCUUUGUCUUUAGCCUACCGUUUCCCAGGCACUUCGCGAUCGGCUGCCUCCAUCCAUUGAUGAGGCUUCGCUUAUUCCAGAAAAAAAGUAUACGUGUCUUGCCACAUACCGGUACUUACAUGUUUGUCGAUCAUUAGUCUCAAGUCUUAAAGUCUUAAAGCUAUGGAUUAUAUUGUGUCGCGUUCCAAGUGAAUCUGUUGAUUGCUUUCGAGGCGACUUUAUUACCCGAUAAUGUCGUGUCAAAAGAAUGUGAAAGCACACUAAUCUUUGCUCAGGAAAAACGUUUUGAUAGAAGUGAAGGACUAAAUAACACAUUGUGACAGUAUUAAGCGUUUUUAUUAUUCGUUCAAAAUAUUUCCCCGAUUCUGAUUAGCUAAAAGCACGCGCGUAAUUCACCAUAACCAGCUACUGAUGACCAAAUUUGGAAGAAUUUUGCGAGUAAUGAACAGAUCACGUCAAAAGCGCAGCUUUCUUGCAGGUUAAUGCACCGUUAACCGAGAAGACCUGAGGACGAGGUUGAGUUGUUUUGGUUGUGAAAACAAAAGUGGCGGACAUUUCACUCGUUUCAAGAGUGAGAACUUAGCUAAAACAUGGCGAAAAACAACAAGAAGACAUCUCGAAGGGCAACAUCUGCUAUUUGGAGAAUAUUUGCGGAGCUGAACAACCCUAAGAGUGCACUAUCAAAGAUGAACUUCACAUCCAUGAAUGUUUUUGAACUAGGAAUUAUUUUGAGUGAAUAAUAAAACAAUUAUUGAAUUCGGCUUUCGUAUCAAAUGAAGAAUUAUGGAGAUCUCGGAGGGUGUUAUCCACCGCGGCCUACUCCAGUUUCUUAAGAAGGAACGAGUAAAAAUAGUAAGAGGAAAAUUAACAACUGUGUGACAUUUCGUUGUGUGUAAGGUGCUCCGUCAGCAGUGGCCUUCAUAUACGAAUUAAACGCUGAUGAAAUAACCUUGAAGUGGGAGGAACCAAACGACAACGGAGCAGAAAUCACAAUGUAUACCGUGUAUUAUGGAACCCUAAAUGAUGAGCAGUGGAAGGAGACUAAAAAGAUAACUGAUGUCUCAGUACGUAAAUAUGUUGUGAAAGUCGUAAUGGGCAAGAAGUACAAAGUACUGGUAACAGCAAGCAAUAAGUAUGGAGAGAGUUCCAAGGAAGGCAAGAUACAACUUGUUGACGUACUGGAAGGUGGGUUAAGCGCAAGUUUAACUGAACGAGUACGCUAAGGGAAAUAUACAGUAGAUCACUCAAUAACUUUUAUCUGUUCACUAACUGUCACCUUGACGUUCAGUGAUGUUCACCAUUAUGGUGUUAUUUGUUGAGCCUCAUUUUUUACUCCAGACGCGUGGAUUAACUUAUCUGACUAAAAAUACCGAAUUACUAUUUAGGGAAGUUCUGCGGAAGUGAAGCUAGCCAGUUUUUAAUGAGUUCAAUUUCUAGCCUUUCUAUACGUGAAAUUCGUUUAACCACUACUGGUAAGUAAACUGCUGGUCGUUUAUAACUAGGGUUUUUCCAUUUAGCGGAAGUUCUUUAAAAUUGCCUUUCUCUUUCUCUUGUAACGGACUGUUUAGUAAGAACGCUUAUAAGGAAUGUUAACGAAAAUGUUUCAUACCACGAGCUUAACACAUUUUUGAACAAAUAUCAAGUCUUUGAUUUUGAACUUUCUUUGCAAGACGUUACCUUUUUCGUCAGUUGCUAAAACUUUUUACCAACUAAAGAGUAACAAGUGAGAAAUUAGAGAGGCUCUGCCUUGACCAAAUUGUUAUUAUGUAACAAGUCAACAAAAGCAAAAAUCAGAUAAACAUGUCAAGUAUGUUACGUGAUUUAUUAACAUCUUGGGAAGUAAUAUAUAUUAACUCUGGACGAGAUAAAUAUUUUUUUCGACACUAAAGUUACUCAAUAUUAACUUUAAUCUAUAUUUUCAUUUCUGGUCCACAGUAAUACUAUUGUCUUCCAGGAAAUAUUCCUUCGUAAUUUAUUCACGGUUGCCGUUUGGAAAACCAGUAUUCCCAAUAUAUAAUGUAGUGGGUCGUAUUCUGUUAGAUUUGAAGCAAACGUCGUAAAGAAAUUUUGCAACCCGAGUUCUUUGAAAUCGUACAUGAAAACUAAUAUAAGGAAACUCUCGAGUCUGACAAUAACUUUAUUGAAGCAAAGCAUAAACAAUAGAACGUCCCAGGACGAUUUUCCAGUUACUGUUAGCAAUCUAGCUGGAAGCCUUACAUGUGAAAACUGUAAAUACUUUUAACCACCGAGUAAUUAAGACGAGAGAAUCCGACUGGUACAAUUUCCCUGUUUUUACACCCGCCUGUACCCUCUGAAUGAGUUACUUGUACUAUGCAACGAGAAUGUGCUUUGCAAAGCUUUUCCCCAAAUUAAUUCAAAUUAACCUUCUGGUAAGACGUCCAAACUGAUAAACCAAUUUUGUCUAAAUUUUGUCGUUAAACCUACCUGACGUAUAACUUUCUGAGCGCCAUUUAUAUAAUAAUGAAACAAUGUUUCAAGGGGCCCCGUCACGCGAUUAUAGGAAAUUCCAGCAUUGUCACAAAAUAUCGUUAUAACGCCUUUUUAAAAUAUCAAAGAACUCCAAAACGUACAAAAGGCCUAAAAAGUGGUAUGCCUUGUAUGAAGGGCAACCUCAGAUAAUUUUAAAAUAGACUGAAUUUUUGAAAAAUGUAUUGCGAACUUCCAUCUUUAAAGAUUUUCUUCAAUAUUUUACUCAUAAAUACUAAGGUUUGUUCUAAGGCCUGGAUUUUCUCACCCUCGAACGAGGUUGUGAUUUUCUCAGUAAAACAAUGAGGUCUUUCCGGUAAGAUUUCCGUAUAACCCCAUACAGUCAUUAUGCAUGCAGCAGUCUCAUACUAUUUCACACAACAAGUUUAUAAGAAAAGAGUCCUAACAUGCAUGCAUAACAAAUUUAUGGGGUUAUAGGGAAAUCUUACCGAUAAUGUCACUUAAUCUGUGUCGGAGGAACUUAGAAGACCAAUUUUUGUUUCCCGGCAAAAUGUGAAUCGUUCAUGCUUUAAAGGCCAGUCAGUUAGUACCAAGAUAGGAUUUAAUACGACAGUAAUCAUUAAAAAAGUAAUUUAGAAGGAAGUGGUUACAAAAAUGAAUCAUUCCGAUGCAACUCGUUAGAAUAACAGUGUACGUUGUCAAAUAUUUCUCUCAGGUUUCUUCAAACCAACAGGAAGCCAAACAGCAGGUUAGUUGCUGUUACUCAUGAAGGCGGAUAGAAAACCAUGAUUGAACUUCACUUGUUCUGACAUGCAUUAGUGCCAUAAUUCAUUUGCUUCAGUAAAAUCAGAAACGCUUGAAGGACAACAAUAGCAAUAUGUUACAAUCCAGAAUGUUCACAGGCAAUUGGACACUAUGUUCUGUAUCUUCUCUUUCUACUUAUAGUGCAUCUGUAUCUGUGGCUGCGCUAUUGCUUACAACUAACGGCAAACAUUUUGUGUUAGGUUCCUCGUGUGAUAAUUUUAAAAUAGACUGAAUUUUAAAAAAUGUAUUGCGAACUUCCAUCUUUAAUAUUUUACUCAUAAAUACUAAGGUUUGUUUUAAGGCCUGAAUUUUCUCAACCUCGGACGAGAUGGGAUUUUCUCAAUAAAAUAGCUAUAAAAUAAUGAGGUCUUUCCGGUAAGAUUUCCGUAUAAUCCCAUACAGUCAUUAUGCAUGCAGCACAAUUUGCAGCAGUCUCAUACUAUUUCACACAACAAGUUUAUAAGAAAAGAGUCCUAACAUCCAUGCAUAACAAAUGUUUGGGGUUAUACGGAAAUCGGAGGAACUUAGAAGACCAGUUUUUGUUUCCCACGUGCCAAGGGCAAAAUGUGAAUCGUUCAUACUUUAAAGGCCAGUCAGUUAGUACCAAGAUAGGAUUUAAUACGACAAUAAUCAUUAAAAAAGUAAUUUAGAAGGAAGUGGUUACAAAAAUGAAUUAUUCCCAUGUAACUCGUUAGAAUAACAGUGUACGUUGUUAAAUAUUUCUCUCAGGUUUCUCCAAACCAACAGCAAGCCAAACAGCAGGUUAGUUACUGUUACUCAUGAAGGCGGAAAGAAAACCAUGAUUGAACUUCACUUGUUCUGACAUGCAUUAGUGUCACAACUCUUUUGCUUCAGUAAAAUCAGAAACGCUUGAAGGACAACAAUUGCAAUAGGCUACAAUCCAGAAUGUUCACAGGCAAUUGGACACUAUUUUCUGUAUCUUCUCUUUCUACUUGUAGCUUUAGGAUUAUAGUGCAUCUGUAUCUGUCAAUGCGCUAUUGCUUACAACUAACGGCAAACAUUUUGUGUUAGGUUCCUCGUGUGAUAAUCAAAAGGAAACUCUUCAUGCUGUUUAUAUCACCAUCAUCUGUCUUUUGUUAAUAAGUAAUCUUAUUCUGAUAUUCUUCGUCUGCCGAAUGCGCACCCUUUCAGGUAAGUGGGCUUUUAUAUUAAAAGCAUUGGUCUUGUUUCUUUACUUUAAUUCUCUACUGAAUUCGCCAUGGUGACUCGACACGCUGACAGGGGAUGAUAGAGGUCUAAAUUCCCAAUUGGUAUACAUGUAAGCCCAGAUUGUUUUGCAAAUCGUUAAGAUUUUUUUAAUUCUUAUAGAACAUCGUCUCGAUUAGAUACUGGAUUUAGAGGCUUUUUCCAAUUUUCGUUAAACUAUAAUAGACCAGAUCCUGCUACAGAGAGAUUGCGGCCGUAAUUUUGUAUGUAACGUUAUCACUAUGGUUAUUACAAAGAAAAAGACAAACUGGAUGUAGUAGACGUUAAUGUGAGGACUUAAGAUACCCGCGCCCUGUAUUUUGUAUUGAGCCCCAGAGAUAUAUCAAUAACUAGUUGUUAAAGGUAAAAACACUUAACAAUACUGAAAAUAUUUUUGUUUCAGGAAACGUACGGGGAAAAAAGUAAGUAACACCCCUCAUUAUUAUCCUUAUAGUUUUCCGGAUUUAUCGCCUCUACGUAAUUAUAGAAAUAUAAUGUAUGCCCUUUUUCAGCUAAAAACUUGUCUACGAAGAAUCUUAUAUACCACAGUCAUUGACGCUACAAUUUUCAGUAAACCAGGUUACUUACCGCUGUUUUACCUUACCGUGGGAUGUAAGGUUCUACUUUAUGUUUCCAGAAAUGCUAGAAUGCAAAAGAAAUCUUGAGUCUUACAUCGAAUCAUUAAUGUUUCAACGCUACCAUUCCCUUCGUCACAUGUACCACCAGUAUCGGAGUGUUCACGUCUAAUCUCAGCAAAGGUUGUUUAUAAUAUUACAGAUCGAGAAAGCUUGAUAGCGUCUCGCUGGCACAAAUUUUAUACUAAACGGUUUAAGUGCUAUUUACUUUCUUACCAACAGAAAUUGUCCAAGAUGUGGAGAUCUUCUAGCCAUGGCAAGUUAAUAAGUUAUUCCUAAGAGUAUUUAUGCACUAGGUAUGGAAAUUCAGGCGCGAUGAAAUGAAAAACCACUGUCGUUUUGCCUUGUCACGCUCUAUAUUUUAACUCCAGAUGCGCCUACGCCUAACGUUAGGUCAUGAAAUAUACCCAAGCAUAGCAAAGCAUCGUUGCCUGAGGAAAUACUUCUAAGGUUCUCUUCUCUUUUUUCAGCGAAUGACAGAAAGCUUGAUUGGACGCUCCGUGUGAAACUUGAACCCAGAACAUUUCUUUAGGACAUUUGCCAUUAUAUUAUCAUAUUUAGAACACAGAGUAGCACAGCGUAUUAAUUCAUUUCAUUCAUUCAAUCAUUUGUCUCUUUAAUUGUAUGGUUACUUACUGGCCUCUUUAAAAAAGGUACUUUACAGUUUAACGUUGUUGUUUUACUGCUGAAUCUUGCCUUACUAUGUUUGACAAUAGAAUCCCAUUGCUGUUAAAGUAGAGGCUGAUACACAAUCCUUCGAUGUGGAGCGAACGUUUGAAGCCCCUACCUUUUCAACCACAGCAAGUGCAGAUUACAUGCCACUGCAUCCAUCAACUAGAAACUGGGAGAUCAGUCGCAGACAGGUCAACAUAAUUACAGUCAUUGGUAAAGGAGCUUUUUCACAAGUUGCCAAGGCGACAGUAAACAACUUGCGUGGAAGCCAGGAUAACUUGACAGUAGCAGUAAAAAUGCUUAAAGGUGUGGUGUAAUUCAGUGUACUAUGACUAAAAAAAGGGGAUUUGGCUAUGGUUAAGUCCAAAGGUAGGUCAAUACACUAUGCUUAAUACGACAUCUCGUUCACUUGGAUGGUUUCGAUGCAGACAAAACAAAAGAGACCAAGCGGACAAAGAACACCGAAAACAAAAACUAUUACCGCAAUAAUAAUAAAAUUAAUGGUAAAAAAUUAAGAAUUUUUUUACCAUUACUUCUACCAUUACUAUUCUUUUUAGCAAAUGCUCCAGCUUCAGAUAAAAAGGACCUCCUGUCAGAACUUGACUUGAUGAAAAAACUAAAACCUCAUCCCCACGUGAUCAGGCUGUUGGGCUGCGUCACAGAAACCGGUAAGGGAUGUGUGAAGGGAGUAACGUUUCAGUUUCCUGAAAUUUGUGGCAUACAAGUUCUCCUGGUGAUGAUUAUACUGCCAAUGAUUCGAAUGAUAUAGCGUUUUCACCAAUAUGGCCAGAAGUUAUCGGUGCACUUUAAUUGGAAUAAAAGCAAACGUUUUGCAUACCAAAAGUAUUCAAUUACUCUCACAGAACUAGGAUGGUACACCAACGUGGCCGCCGUUCCAUUGUUGGGAAUACCAAUAUGUUCUCCGUGGUGUAUGCCACAUGGAACAAUUUAAUAGGCGGAAAGUAUUAGAAUGGACAUAUCACUGAGUUGAACAAAUUAAAACAAAGAGAACUAAUUCCAAAAGUUUAAGUAGAUAACUUAAAUAGCUUUCUUAUAAAGUGAUAGAAAUGUCAGCAAAUUGAUUUCCAAAUGAACAUAUGACUUGCUACAUUUUUUAAGUAUGUUUAAAAGAAAUAUGAAAUAAUAUUGCAGUCAAACCCAGUUUAAAUUUAUAUGGACACUUAGGGGACCAUAGAAAGUGUCAGUAUUAGCUGAGGGCUUUCUUUCCCCAGGGACAAAGCAAACUGCCCGUAAAAGUGUCCGCAUUUAGAGGAUGUCUGUAAAGCGGGGUUUCACUUUAAUUCAGGGCUUUUUGUUUUCGGCCUUCGUUUCUGUUCCCUAAAUUGCAUCAAAACUGCGAUGAUCAUACCUCCAGUUAGAUUUUGUUUUGUCGCAGUCAGCCCCCCCCCUCCUGGUCGCAGUUCACAUAAUCUUCAUUGAAAGGUACUAACUUCAUUCUAUGUCCCUUCGUGCGAACAAAAUCAUUAACAUUUGCUCGGAGAGUAAAUCGGAGAAUUUUCUAAUGAUAUGUCAUAAGUGGGAACUCGUUUGAAGAUUGCCUUAUUGUAUUGGUUACCAUAGAGCCGUUGAUGGUUUUAAUUGAGUAUGUCCCGUACGGUGACCUACUGGGCUACUUGAGGAAGAGUCGAGGACUGAACGACACGUACUUUAAGGACCCGGAUAUGAAGCCACAGACCAAUCUUACCGUAGAACAGUUAAUGAAAUUCGCUUGGCAGGUCGCAGAUGGAAUGUGUUACUUAUCCUCAAAAAAGGUUUGCUUUAAAUGUGAUUUCAACUAGAAGUAAUGAUUUGAAUUGAGAACUGAUAUUGGAACUGAAAGAUAUUAUAUUACUGUAUUAACAUUUAUCUACAAGAUAAACCUUUAUGGAACAUAAGAUUGAGCACUCAAGGCUUAAUUAGAAGGUUAAGGUGGCUCGAUACAGUUUUUCAGGGUCAAUACCUCCCAAGUUUGAGCAUAAACUACGUCGCCAAAAACAAAGUUUUGGAAAAAUUGCCACCACAGUUGUAUUAGAUGAAGAUGAAAAUUUGUUAUGAUCAGGGUUGCAACGGCAUCGGAGUUGUCAUAGCAACGAAAUGACGCUAUUCCCUAUUUUACUUGCAGCAGUAUAUCUCGGCACUGGGAACUGUUCUUCGAAAAUCAUUCACGGGAGCUUUUUCCUCCAAUAGCAGCCUCGAUGUUCGUGAAGUUUAAGCGAAAUCUGUAAGAGCGUUGUCGAGAUAUUUUGGGAUAAAGUUUUUAUUGUUAGAAACAGUAAAAAAUGGGCAAUAUUGUUGUUUGGCCGUUAUCUGUAGAAAAUGAAGCGCUUUGGACAUGAAAUUUCUCCUCACAGUAGUUUCAAUCUUUUUAAAAGCGUGUGUGAAAGAUCAUGGGAGAUAGCUCUAGCCGAUUGCUAGAAAGAAGGGUUUGAUUAGUAUGUAUCGAAGCGCUCUUGUUAGUGGUUUUGUAAACAUUUUGGUCUACUUUAACAAAUUAGCGAAUAAUUUUUAAACCGCUCGAUAGAUUUUUUUAAAAAUUUAAGAUUCUUGAGAUUAACCUUCCUUUUAUAUGACCUUUUAGUUUCAAGAUUAUUGAUGUAUUGUAAGGCACUAAAAUAAGGGCUACAAUUCGUUACUUUUUUAUCGGAAGUUUCGUCAUUACAAGUGAAAGCCUCUUUUUCAAGGCAUUGUCUCUAAGUUUCAUUUUCACGUGAACAGCAGUAACUAACAAUGCAUUUGAAAUAUGCAAAAAUGUUAGCUAUUGUUUUGCACGAAAAUAUGAAAUUUGGACAUAAUACCCUGAAUAAUGAGAGGCUCACAUUCGUAAACACAAACUUUCUGCCAAAAUAUUUUCUACAUCAAGCGAUUGUCUUCAACGAACUGUCAUGAUAAAAACUUAUCAAAUUAACUGGCCUCUUCAGAUGAGCCCGUGUGAGUUCCACAAAUUGAACCCUGAUUAAAGUAUUUUAUUCCCCGAAUACUCCUUCCUGUACUUGCACCAAAGAUGUUGCUUUAAGUAUACAGUGUACGUGUACGUUGAAGAACUGUUUGCUCUUGCAGUAAAGCAACAAAAAAUGGCCGCCUAGCUCUACCAUGUGCUCUCCGGUCACAUGACUAUCAUGUGACCGGAAGUGCGAACCAAAACGCAGGCAUGCAAAUAAAAUACCAAAAAAAGGAAAAAUAAAACAAAUAGAAUAAAGUAAACUGACGACGGUCGGUAGUUACAGCCCGGUUGCCGGGACCAAUUUCACCUUGGGUUCAAAUGUGAAAUUUAAGCUCGGUUUCCUAAAUCCUUUUUGGAAAAACCGCGCGCGAGAUCUGGGGAACCGAGCCAGCCCACCCUGUCAUAUGAACACAUUGAAGUUAGAGGUAAAUAAGCGAGAUCAUGGAAACCGGGCUCAUGUGAGGAGGCCCUAAGCACAGCUUUGAAAGGAAUAUUAUUUUUAUCUUGAUCCGAUUUUUGAAAAAGCCCUUAUAAAAAGUUUUUGUCAUGUAGAUUAUCCAUCGUGACUUGGCCGCAAGAAAUGUUCUGGUUGGUGAAGGGGAGAAAUGUAAGGUGACAGAUUUUGGAAUGGCAAGGGACGUGCAUCAAGAAGACAUCUACAACAAAACGAGUCGCGUGAGUUCAACUAAGCAAACCCUUUAAUUUUAAAUCAUAUCGGGUUUUAUCACAAAAUUGCGUGAGAUCUGUAGUCAGGGGUUCAAAUCGCUACUUUGAAGUCUCGAGUAUCCUUAGCGGCGUUUAAAAAGUUGCUGAGAAGGUAAAAACAAUCAAAACAUCGGCAUAAGGGCGGAAAUUAAAUUUAAAAAAAUUAUUGCUUCUAAUUUGAUUGUUUUCUAAGGGGCGUCUGCCAGUGAAGUGGACUGCUUAUGAAUCGUUGAUGUAUGGAACAUACACUACACAGAGUGAUGUGUAAGUAUUUUUUCUAUUAAAGUAAACAUUUUUUUCACGUUAAGCAUGUAGAAUUUUGUCUUUUCCGACGAGUCACAAGGCUUUCGUCUGUCUCUUUUGUGCCUAAAAAGAAAGGAAUGUUACGUUCAAUAAUUAAACUUCAACGAUAAUUUUCCCCAAAAAAUGAAAGAGAUUUCUGUUGUGCUGCUUGUGCAGGUGGUGCUCUACUGAGAGUUCAAAGGUGACUGUAGCUUUUGGAAAGCCCGUGCACAAGCCUUCUCUUCAUCAUUUUAGUUAGUUAUUUCUGCUAACGAUGAUUGGUUUGUUCUAGCUGGAGUUACGGCGUCGUACUUUACGAGAUUCUUACUGUUGGUGAGUUGGGAAAUUGUUCAUCUGAUAUUUUGUUGUGUACUCUAUUUUUUUCUUGUUUCUCAUGGUUCGAGAUAGAUAGAACAGAUACAAAAUGAAACAAAAGCAAAACUCCAUGAGAGAUUCUCUCACAGUAUGUUGCCCAGUAUCCGGACACUUAAAACAAAAACUCAAUUUUUGAGGCGCUCUUUUCAGUCAUCGGUAAACAAAGAAUUUCGAAUGAAAGCUGAACAUUUGGGCUUUAAGAUGAAAGUUUUGGCGAGUUGAAAGCUUGCGAAACAGUCGCAGAGAACGCCGUUCUGUUCAGGUGAAUAAACAUUUCAUGGUUAAUAUUUACGCUGUUUACUGCGCAGUAAAAUUAGUGCUGCUCAGAAAAGGGUAGGUAGUAUAUAAUAUUUUCAAAGAAACAGUUUUAUAUUUAAAUUGAAGAUACUAAAAGAAGUCAGGUUCUCAGAAAGUUUAUUAAAAUUCUUCUUGAUAUUCGAUUUGUUUGGAAUAACGGAGCCCAGAAACAUUCACUAAGUAUUGAUGUCAGGUGCCCAGUAUCCGGACAGUUUUUUCUUUGCUGUACAGAAUCGAUGAAUUAGCUGUGCACAUUAUCCGGAAAAGAUUUAUUUCAUAUCUAUAACUAUAAUUAAAACUUAGGAUAUAUGAUAUAGUCGUAAAAUGUAAUUCUUCUCAACUCCGUACGGAAAUUUUCUUCGCUCAUUCGGAGGCGACUUGAUUUCGUGUGCGCCGCUUGUUUCGCGUGACUGCAUUUUCUAUAUAUAACCGAAAGCGUCGGAGUUGAACCUGGAAUUCUCAUACUUUCCCCACUGUGACUGCUAGAAUGGGGUUGCAACGGUCUGAAAAUGUCACAAAGGGAUUGAGAGCUGUGAAAGAAGGAGGAAUUAGUGCUAGAAAAGCAGGCUUAUUGUAGGGUCUGUAGGGACUGAGCAUGAAGAAAUCAACACUGCAGGUCAGAACUAAAUAGGAAAGUGACCUUUGACCGUCGCAUUGAGGUCCCUUCCCCAAGCUUUUUUUUAAAAUAAAAAAUGAAGAAAAAAAGUCGUUUGCAGAUUGGCUAAUUGAGCUAGCAAACCGCGGCCUCGACAUGUCCACGGAUGUCUUCCUUAAAUCAGUGAAAAAGUUCCUAGACAAGGAAGUAAGAAUUAUGCCAUUUAACAACCCGGCUCGCGUUCCCCACCAUACCCUAGUCAUUUGUUAUGUUUUAUUUCACGAUGCUAGGUUAUAUUUUUGGAAUCGAUUGCCAGACUACUUUGCAAGUGCAAGAGAAGCUUAUAAGUCGCUUGCCUGUCGAAAUUUAUGUACAAUUACGUUGUUAUUGUUGUGUCCGGAUACUGGGCCAGCUGUCCGGAUACUGGGCAGCAUAGGAGCUCUGCAAAAAUAUUAAUUUCGCCAUGAAAACAAAGGCAAAAAAGUUAAACUGUCUUUCGUCAUAUCAAGGACUAAAUAGAUUUUCUCUGGGCGAAAUUUCAGAGCUCUUGCGACUAAAAAAAGAAAGUUAUUGCAAUGUUAAACUGAAGUGUCCGGAUACUGGGCAACAUACUGUACCUUAAUUUCAAUAAUCAUAUCGGAAUGAUUGAGCAAACAAAUAAAUAAUGCUUGAUCAGUUUUUAUUAUCUUUUUAAAUAAUAUUGUGUACUAUUCUUAUAAGAAAUAAAAAAUUCUAAAACUCAGAGCAAAGGUUUACCAAUUCGAAUUAAUAUUAAUUUUGUUCAAAUCGCGUAAACGUCUCUCAUAUGUUUUCGCUAGCCCAGAAAAACAUUUCUUUCCGUUAUGUACUCUUCUUCCUAGUAUAGCUUCAUUUCUUCCAGGUGGAUCUCCAUAUCCGGAUAUAAAUGCCCGUAACAUCGCCCAGAAACUUCAGGGAGGAUACAGAAUGCCAAAACCAAAACACGUUGAGAUUAAACUGUGAGUCGUAAUACGAGUAGGGAAAAGAAAGUUCUAAGAAAUGAAAAAAAAUUUGAGUACGGAUUCAGUUCUAAAAAUCAGUAGCCAUGCCGAGACUAUUAGGUUUCCGUAACGGUUCCUGCGUAUUCAGACCCUCAGGAAUAAGUGGGGGCCUCGCUCAUCCAGAGCCGAAUAUUAGAGGGGGACCGGCCUCGUCAAAAAUAUUUAUCGGUUCUCCGGGGGGUUAAAUUCGACCAAAAAUAAGCGGGGUCCAGGCCCCUUCCCUAGUUCGGCGAGUGAUGUAGUGAUGAAUAAUAUGUUCCUCUCGAUUAGCUAUCAGAUUAUGCUUGACUGUUGGAGGGAAAACCCAGUGGAUCGUCCUACGUUUGAGAGACUGAGGAACACAAUGAAGGAGAUGGAGAGAAAUCAUAAGGUAAGAAGAGUAAGAGAAACAAUCAUGGAUACGGAAGGUUCAUUUAGGGAAGAAGCUAAUGACUAUUCAAGGGCUGAAGCUGUGAGGAGUGUGUAGCACCCCCCUCCCGCCCUCUUAUCCCAUUAUGGGUUACUGUAUUUAUUUUUCAUUCCGCUUGGUUUCUUCAGAAGCAGUUCACUUUAAAACAUUUAUCCAUUACACUACAUGCCUUGCUGACCAAGCUACUACAAACCGCCCGUCGACCUGGUUAGCUCAUUUGGUUGAGUAUCAGACUUUAGAAGGCAUAUAGGGUCCUGAAAUAACUGACGAGAAGGUGUUUACAUCGUUUACAUUAUGUAAUUAUAUAUUUUGAUCCCGAUCUCUCUCAAGCAGAAUUACCACGGAAAAAUGUAGACCUCUCAGUUUUUCCUUUCAGUUGAUCUGAAUCGGUAGAAUUUUAAACAACUAGGUAUGUAAAAAACGUUUGAUAUUAUAGUGACCACUUCUGGUGUGCCGCCGUCCUUAGUCUUAGGUUGAUAAUCUGAAGGGAGGGAUUCCAAGGUGGGGAUAACUAAUCUGUCUUCCUUCAGUAAUCAUAAAAGUUGCCUGGAAGCCAUGUUUGAGUAUUAGGUGAAAUGAAUUGUUUUUGAGGUCGAAUGUGACUGAAUAAAAAUCCCACCAUUCUGUGCCUUUUACGUUUUUGCAUUGCUUUUAUUGUUUUCAUUUUUUCAGACAUAUGUCAACCUGAAACAAUAUGACCACAGCCUUUACGCUAAUGUAAACGACUUGAAAGCUAUGUGA